AGUUCUGACCCAUCUCCUGCUCUCUCAUCCCGCUCGCCAUCUUUCCUACCUCUCCUCUCUCUAAUGACGACAGCUUCGGCUUCUAUUCUCAGGCCGUUGCUUCUAACCCUACCCCCUUCUCCACGGAGGCUCCACCUUGACUCCCGCUUCCUCUCGCCCACUCUCAGACAGUCGCCACUCUCACUCCGACCUAAAUCGGCCUCAUCGAGCUCGACUCGUCGGCAGGGCGUUGUGAAGGCAGCGCAGUCAAGCUUCAUUAAAGUCAUUCAAGCUGCUUGGAGGAUUGGGAGAGAAACUGUGGAGUCAGGAACUAAUCUCGUGCCAGAUUCAAUUCCCAGACCAAUAGCAAAAAUUGUUGUUUCUGGCGCCCUGGCGGCACUUGCUCUGUUUCUCUUCAACUCGAUUCUCUCCACGGCAUUCUUCGUGUUGGCUUUGAUGGGAGUCAUUUAUUUCAUCUACAUAGCCUUGAACAAGGAUGAAGGCCCCAAGGGAGGAGGGGGUGACCCCUUGAGCGCAGAGGAAAGCUUAGAAGAAGCCAGGAGAAUUAUGGAGAAGUACAACCGAAGCCCGGUCUCUCUACUUCAUCUUCUCAAUCAUGAUGAAUCACUCGGCUCAUCUCGUCUUCCUCUCUGACCAAAGUUCACACGAUAUAGCCGCAAUUAAGGCUAGCCGAGAAGCCAAUAAAGGGAUCGCAAUGUACAGAGACCUAGACAACCAACAACGAGAUCGUAACGUAUAAUGACCUUCAGAACUCUCCAAUUUUCUAUUGAAAACCAACGACGAGAUUAUAGUGUACAGUGACCUUUGGAACUCUCAUUUUUCUCUGCUUCUCGCACGAUAGAGCCGAUACGGGCGCCCUUGGCUCCCUCUAGAGAAAGCAACGAUGGGAUUACAUCAUGCAACCUCUCAAUUUUCAAUUUCGGUUGACUACUCCUCGCUGUGUUGCACCAUUUGUCAGCGCUAGCCACAUGAAUUGCUCCAGCAACCUUCGCUGCGUAGCUUCCCCUCUUCGCAGCGACCUCUCCUGAUUCAGUCAACGACUACAAGGAGUUGAAAACGUAACACAAUGAGACCAACACAUACAAAAACCUUUAAAACUUCUGUUCUUUCUCUCCUUCUAUACCAGGGAAAAGCAAUGAAGAGAUCACGGCAGACGCAGAAUGCUGAAACUAAUAGUUUGCAUGCAGAGCCAAACAACUCUCCUUUUCACGCAUAAGCCAAAACCCACAGCUCAAUGCUCCUCCCUCUUGUUUUAUUUUUAAUUUUUGGUUGUUGGCCCUCAUUCGUGUAAUCCUGUGCAGGAAUCUGGCCCAAAAACCCAAAUUCGAGCCCUUCCUUCACCAUUUUAUUAUUUGUGUUUUAUAAUAUAUACAUUAUUAGAAUAUUAAAAUAAUAACCGCUAUCCCUAGCCUUUAUUAAUCUACAAAUUUUCUUUUUUUAUUGUUAUUUGCUUUCGUAUUUUCUUU